AUGGUUGAAGAGGAGAAUAUUCCCGGUUAUGUUGCUGCCCGGUAUUAUCCUACUCGAAUAGGAGAAAUCCUGAAGGACCGAUAUCAAGUUGUGGGAAAACUGGGGUUCGGAGCUAGCUCAACUGUGUGGCUUGCACGGGAUAUGGACCGCCGCCGUUAUGUUGCCCUCAAGAUCUUCAUCAAGUCUGCUUCAAUGGGACAACAACUGGAUGAUGAGCUGCGGAUAUACAAACGAAUAGCCGUCUCCCAAAGACAUCCAGGUCAUGAAUAUGUCAGAUCGUUGCUCGAUUCUUUUGACAUUGAUGGACCCGAAGACAAGCAUCGUUGCCUCGUGCACCCUCCGCUAUGGGAGAGUGUACUAGCCUUCUUAUUCCGGAACCCAAUACGGAGACUACCCACACCAGUUUUGGCAGUUACACUUCACCGUCUUUUUUUGGCAUUGGACUAUUUACAUACAGAAUGCAAGAUCAUACACACUGGUAUUAAAUUCUCCCCCAACCUCUACUUCUACUCCUUACUUAUCAUCCUAUCAGAUAUCAAGGCCGACAAUCUCAUGUUCGGUAUUUCUGAUGAUUCAGUCUUCACUGAUUUCGAAGAGACCGAGCUCCAGGACCCCUGCCCGAGGAAAGAGGUCGAUGGAAGGGUGAUUUAUAUUUCCCGUAACCUCCGAAUGCCCAAACAGUUAGGUGCGCCUAUUCUCUGCGACUUUGGCUCAGCUGUUUUCGGCGACGAAGAGCACUCGGAGGAUAUUCAACCCGAUAUCUACCGGGCGCCUGAGGUCAUUCUGGAAGUUCCAUGGACAUAUAGCGUUGAUGUGUGGAAUGCGGGCUGCAUGAUUUGGGACCUUUUCGAGGGCGGGUCCUUGUUCAGUGGCCAGGACUCCGAGUUCCAAAGGUACCGGAGUCGUGCUCACCUUGCCGAAAUGAUCUGCCUUCUUGGUCCACCGCCACCAAGCCUCCUUGCACGAGGAAAAUCGACCCCGAAGUUCUUUUCGGAAGAUGGUGAAUUCUGCGCGGGAGUUUCGGUGCAAGGACAUACUCCAUUGCAGGAGAGGGAAACUUCUCUUGAGGGACAAGAAAAGGAGAAGUUUCUUCGCUUGGUGCGAAAGAUGCUCCAGUGGGAGCCGGAAAAGCGAAGCUCUGCUAAGGAGCUAGAGCAGGAUGAGUGGGUACAAAAUGAAAUACAUAAGUAG